AUGUCUGACCGGCAUUUCUUUGACAACGCUGCAGAAUUGGUUGCUUAUGCCCUCGACUCUCAGCCUCUGACCAACCCGUCUCUCAAAGUCGACCACGUCAACAAAAUUGUGUAUCGAAAGAACGCCAAUGCAGAUCACAUCGCCGUCAUCUCAGGAGGUGGCUCAGGCCAUGAACCUGCAUUCACAGGCCUUGUUGGCCAGGGCUUCCUGACGGCAUCGGUGGCUGGGACCAUCUUUGCGUCCCCAUCAACGGAACAGAUCCUUCAUGCGAUCGUCAAAUGCAGCGAAAGGUCGAAAGGUGUGCUAGCCAUUGUGAUGAACUACACCGGAGACGUGCUCAACUUUGGUGUUGCUGUCGAAAAGGCACGGACUAUGGGCAUCGAGGUAGACAUGGUAGCUGUCGGAGACGAUGUUGGCGUCGGCCGAUCGAAAGGAGGCAAGGUCGGGCGGCGAGGCAUCGCAGGAACCGUGCUGGUUCAAAAGAUUGCCUGCGCUCUCGCUGCCCAAGGAAGAAGCCUUCAAGACAUAGCAGCUGAAGCUAGGCUAGCCGCUGCAAACACUGCUAGUAUCGGAGUCAGUCUUGCUCACGUUCACGUCCCUGGACGAUCCGACACUUCAGGCAACCCGACCGAGGUCAGCAAGGGAGGCGCAGAACUUGGAAUGGGAAUUCACAAUGAAACCGGAUCGAGUUUUGAGAAAGCUGAUAUUGUAGGGCUUGUGGAAAAGAUGCUCAAACAGCUGCUUGACAUUGAUGAUAAGGAUCGAGCAUUCCUACAAGUGAACUCCCCGAUCGUGCUGAUGGUCAAUAAUCUAGGUGGUGUAAGCGUGCUUGAACUUGACGCCAUCACCACGGUCGUGGGCCGACACUUGGCGUCUGACUACAAUAUCUGCCCAGUUCGUGUCCUUUCUGGCACCUAUAUGACGAGCCUCAACGGCAUAGGCUUCUCGAUCACGCUCCUGAACCUUGCAGCCAGUAGCAGCCAUGAUUUAUUGGAGCUGCUCGACGCACCAGCUCAGGCAGUUGGCUGGAGUGCUCCAAUCAGUCCUAAAGCAUGGCGUGCGGCUGAUGUUAAUGCCUCACAUAAUCACAUGAUGGACGUGGAGAAGCCUAAGAUGAGACCAUUGAUACAAAUUGAGAAUGCUGCUGAUGUUGGGACAUAUGACGCCGUAUUGGCUACAGAUGCGCUUCUGAGUGGCUUGAGAAGGCUUAUUAAAGCAGAGACAGAAAUCACCCGCUAUGAUACAAUUGUAGGCGAUGGUGAUUGUGGAAUAGGUCUGAAGAGAGGCGCCGAAGCUGUCUUGCACCACGUCCUGGACCAACCUCUCGUUGGGAGCGCGGUUCUGGACUUGACUAGCAUACUCCCCAAGAUCGAAAAUUCGAUGGAUGGAACUUCUGGGGCUCUCUACGCGAUCUUCCUCAACGCCCUUCUACACGCCUUCCAGACCAGGGGCCCAGCAGUGGCGACACCUGAGGCUUGGGCUCUGGUGCUUGAGCAGAGUAGCAGCAUAUUGGCUCGAUAUACGCCAGCACGUGUCGGCGACCGCACGGUAAUUGAUGCUCUUGAUCCUUUUAUUCAACAACUUGGCCAAACGAAGAACUUAACCCGAGCGGCACAGGCUGCAAGACAUGGGGCAGAGUCGACUGUCGGUAUGCAAGCUAGCUUGGGACGCAGUGUAUACGUUGGUGGUUCUGGGUUCCAGCAGGUGCCGGAUCCAGGGGCUUGGGGCCUGAGUGAGUUUCUUGCUGGGCUUGCAGGUUUAGAUACAGACUAA